ACCAAGCCUUCAGCGGUAAGUUUUAUAUCGAAUUUUGUUGGGAGCUGACCUCGAUGAACCUUAGAAUAAGAAACGUAAACUGUCCACAUGCAUGGAAAAAGGAUGCAUGAAUCUUCUUAAUCCGCAUCAAAGAUGGCGGAUGUGCCAAUCAUGUCGUCCCUCUCGAGCAAGCCUUCGACGGGAACUUGUCCUGAACAUGAUAAGUAGUAGUUCAGCAGGACACAACGAAGAAUCUUCGACAGCCUCUGAAGUUAGUGUUGACAAGGUUGAGACCACGGACGCUGCAUCAAAAAACAGUGCUGAUAAGAUCAACUCUCCUACUCACACUGCUACCUCAGUUCCUCGAGACACCGCUGUAUACCCAUACCCGUAUCCAUCAUAUCACUAUACGACCUAUCCACAUCACUACACACACACAAACACCUCUGCUAUGUCGUCUUUGGUUGUCGCACCGACAACUGUGCCAUAUUCAAAUCCGUACAUGUACCCUUACCCGUACGGGUACCAUCACACAAGUGUCUCUUCACCUUCUUCCUUCGCCACAUCCUCACUUCCGUUUAUCAUCUCCCCCGUCCCUGUUACCGCUUCUGCUACCUCUGUUUCUGCAUCCGCCUCUUCAACAAAGAAAAAACGGAGAAAAGUUAAGAAGGAAGGCCUCGCUCCUGCAGAAGCGGUGGCUAGCCCUUCCUCUCAGGUAGUCGACAACGACAGACAGGAUGCACUUUCAGACGCCACUACAGGCACGGAAACGGAAGCCAUGAGCGGGGAGCCUCAGGCUGGCUCGCAAACUAGCGAUCGUAGGAUGGAUGUUGACACAAACAAUACUUCUUCUUCCCAAGCUGUCUGCGAAUCAUCGAUAGUCGAUCCUUCAGAACAUACAGCACCUUCAGAUGAUUUCGCAUUUCCAGGUAGUCUUUCGCGUCCUAUACCGAGUCAUCCCCCCGCUACCCCACUACCAGAACUCCUUGACAAUCCAACCAAGUUUAUAAUGGUUGAUGGACGUACGUUGGCUUCGAAAUCGUCUUCCAUCAAAACUGCAGCACGAACAGAUCCGAGUAAUGCUCAUUCCCGGAAUAGUUCCUCGCAGAGUCAAGCAUUCCUUACUUGUAUGAAUAAGUUUUCUGUCAGUCCCCAACCAAACUCUCCUCUCAUGAUGAACAAGGGUAAUUCUGAUCUUGCCUCCACCGGCAAUGGUAACACAUUGGGUGUUUUCUCGGUCGCAAGUAUGGGUGCUGCUCCUGCUUCGAGUUAUGGGAUAUUCAAAAUCUCCGCACCAUCGGCUCCCGCUACCUCUCAAGCUCAAGCUGGAGAAUUGUCGACUACCGAUCUAGGAAUGAGCGUUGCCUCAGAUUUAGUUCCGAGUGUGGAGGUGACGCCUGUUGAAGAUUCGAGGAAAAGAAAUCAUUCAGAGGUCGAGUCUGAAGUCGGUCCAAAUAACUCUAGCAUCGGAGGACAAGCGAAAGACACGGAACAAGUAGAUCAACAUCCGCCCCCGCGGCGGAAAAGGCCCAGUCGAGCGAAGAAACAGGAGAAGCUCGAGCCCGAAGAAGCCACGACCCACAAUACCUACUCUGGCUAUAUACCUCCUAGUUACAUGUACUCCUCCAACCACAUGCACCCAUCGAGAUAUUAUGCUGGUUAUGUUUCUACCCCUCCCAAUCCUUCCGCCCAAACGGCAACUACGUAUAUACCGUUGAACUCAAGCCCGGCUUCUGCAUCGACAUCGCCAUCCAACUUGCCGACCCCAGCGACACCGCAUGCUGCGCCUACUUAUGCAUAUUAUCCUCCACAUUCAUACAUGCAGGCGCCUGGCUACCAUGACCCAUAUAUCAUUUCUUCACCUUCUUCGUAUCCUCCGCCAUAUACAUACCCGUAUAGUGGCUUAUAUACCUAUCCCUCACAUGCGAGUUAUACUGGUUACGGUGCUUCUGCUUAUCCCGGCUAUCCAGCAUACCCCUCGCAGAGCACAGAAUACUGUAUGCCCGAUAUCCCGCUUGGAUCCAACCCCUCAAAGUCUAAAUCAAAGUAUGCAGAGGUUUUGGAAACCAGAGCAUCGAUGAAGAGUAAAGAGAAAGUUGGGAAGGGAAAUAAACCUCUCUCUGGUGAGGGUAUAGCGCCUGCAAGUGAUGAUGUUCCGGAGAACGAAGUAGAAGCAAAGACAUUGCAAAUAGAGACACGAUCAGGCCCCCCUGUGACCUCGUCUGCGAUAUCAGAAGUCAGUCAUAUUAUAAUUGCUUUCUGCUUUCUGAUAAUCUGAUCCCCUUUGUCCAAAAAUUUUUGCAGCGUAUCUGCCACACUAAAUCAUGUCGGCGUGCAAUCCCGCAAGAUGUUAGUGGGAAUUUGUGUUCAUAUUGUCGAGCCCGGUUCAAGAAACACCAACUGAGAGCGAAGCAAAGGUUCAAACUAGAACCUCGAAAAGUGGUUGUGGGUGUGCUCCCCAAGCCGAAUAA